UGAAAUUAUCAACGUUGUCGUACAGAUUUGAACAACGGUUUUGAUUUUUAACAUUUGCCUGAAGAUGACAGACCGCUACAACAUUCACAGCCAGUUGGAGCAUCUUCAAUCUAAAUACAUUGGAACAGGCCAUGCGGACACCAGCAAGUGGGAAUGGUUGGUGAACCAACAUCGGGACUCAUACUGUUCAUAUAUGGGCCACUUUGACCUGCUGAAUUACUUCUCUGUUGCUGAGAACGAGAGCAAAGCCCGUGUGCGCUUCAAUCUCAUGGAGAAGAUGCUGCAGCCCUGUGGCCCACCUUCGGACAAACCUGACAAUGCCUAGGCUAAGGACUUCAACUGACAAGAUGUGGAUUUUAUUGUUUGGCUAUCCAUCAUGUUGAUAAGAAGUCAUGUUUGAGGUUGGA